AUGCUCUCGAACAACAACAACACCACCACCACCACCACCACGAAUACGAAUUUUACUACUACUAAUCCUAAUACAAACAUGAUCUACAGCAGUAGUGUGGGUAGCAAUACGAGCAGUAGUGCCUUGAGUACAGGAGGAACAAGUGUCAGCAGUGCUGUGAGUAGUAGUGCUGCUGUUGCUGCUCUGGUUGCUACCUCACCACCAUCCUCAUCAUCACUGCUCCUCAACUCCACCAUCAACUCCAACAAUACUAAUAAUAACCAUACCACGAUCACCACUACUACUUAUACCACCAAUACUAUUACCAACAACAACAACACGAAUAACAUGUCGUCUAUGAAUAAUACUUCCACAUCGGGUGGUGUGAAUGCCGCCAUCAAUAACAUCAUCAAGACCUCCCAACAAUCCACACCAAGAAAUAAAUUAUUAUCAUUCAAUCAUUCAACAAGUGGUGGUGGUGGUGGUCAGAGUGGUAGUGGUAUUGAUAUUGGUAAUAAUAAUAAUACAGUUGUCCUACCCUCCACAACAAUUCCCACUCUCACUCCUCACUCACAAUCUCAACAACCACAUGUAGUUCAACAACAACAACCAUCUUCUGAUUUUGAUAUCAUUGGAUUCUCAGAAGAAGAAUUAAAAUCCAUUGAUCAAUCCUUUUCAAUUGGUGCAAUGAAUGCAUUCGGAAUGAAACAAACAGAAUCUGAUAUUUUAAAUCAAAUUGAUCAAAUCAGUUUGUUACAAGUGAGAUCAUUUCUAGGAUCAAUGGAAAUUGAAUUGAAACAUCCAAAUAUAUUUUGUAAUUACAUGAGUAGUAAUAGUAGUGGUGUUAAUAGUAGUGGUAGUAGUAGUAGUAGUAGUACUGGUGGUCAGAGUAAUCAUCAGAAUUCAAUGAAUUUUGAAUCUUUUCAAUCUGUGUCACAGGCAUUUCAAGAAAAAGAAAAAUCAAUUUCAAAUUUAGUGAAAGAUUUAAAAAUUAUUACCAAAUCCAUGUAA